CUUGUUCUUGUCUGGGGUCAUAAAUACCUUUUGUUGGGUUAACACAUUCAUUACUCAUUAACCUCUUAUAUAUAACCCUUUGCUUCAUUAUUUUUUCCAUUUCAUUUAUCUCUCAAACAAGAGAGAAAAAUAUGAGAACAAGAAGAGGGUCUUGUUAUCUUGAAUCUGAAAUAGUGACAAAGAUGUGUUCUUUGGGGAAGAGAAAGAAGGACAUGCAUAUUUCCAAGAAAACUAUUUUUUGUGGAAAGAGACCAAAGAAGUGUUUGGAGAAAACUUCAUCAGAAUAUGAUUUUUUCGAGGCCUUGCCAGAUGAUAUCGUUAUUUCUAUCUUCUGCAGGCUAAGUUCUACAGCCACUUCACCUUCCGAUUUUGUAACCGUUUUAUCAACAUGUAAAAGAUUCAAAAGAUUAGCACUUCAUUCUCUUGUUUUAUCAAAAGCUUCUCCCAGAACUUUCGCCAUUAGAGCCAAAAAUUGGUGCGAAUCUGCACAACAAUUUCUUAAACAGUGUGCUGAGGCAGGGAAUGUUGAAGCCUGUUAUACUCUGGGCAUGAUUCGGUUUUACUGUUUGCAAAACAGAGGGAGCGGUGCUUCGCUUAUGGCGAAAGCUGCAAUAAACUCUCACGCGCGUGCACUCUACUCGCUUGCAGUUAUACAGUUCAACGGCAGCGGCGGUACCAAAAGUGAUAAGGACCUCCGUGCCGGUGUUGCUCUCUGCGCCAGAGCCGCUUUUCUCGGCCAUAUCGACGCGCUUCGUGAGCUUGGACACUGUUUACAAGACGGUUACGGUGUGAAACAGAAUAUCUCCGAGGGGAGGCGCUUUCUCAUUCAGGCUAACGCACAUGAACUCUCCGGCGUUUUGUCCACAGAUGCCGCCGCGCGUCAGUUGGUUAAUGCUAAUCUCCAAUCUCAACUUAAAUACGUCGCUGCGUCUGGAUGUCCGUUAUUGAGCGAUUUUGGAUGUAAUGUUCCGGCGCCGGAGCCGCAUCUGUCCAGUCGGUUUAUGACGGAGUGGUUUGCCGUUCGCGGCGGAUUGAAUGGAUCGGGUUUGAGGCUCUGUUCGCAUGUGAGUUGUGGGAGGCCGGAGACGCGAAAGCACGAGUUUCGAAGGUGUUCGGUUUGUGGCGCGGUGAAUUAUUGCUCGCGUGCGUGUCAAGCGCUUGAUUGGAAGUUCCGUCAUAAGGCGGAGUGUGCCCCUGUGGAGCGGUGGCUUGAAGAGGAUGGUGAUGACGAUAAAGUUGACAACGACGAUGAGUGGUCAGUGCUUCUUCGGCUUUGAGCACUGAGGUGGCAUUGGGAAUUGGGAUCGACAGUCUUUUAGAGCAGCUGGAGCCAAAGAAGAAUAGGAUAUGCGGUUCUUUUGAUGAUUGCAUGGUUGUGUUUUAUGAGUGUCUAUUUACAAUAAUAGGACUUCAUGUGACCUCAUGUAAACUUUAGCUAGCAAACCUUAAACAUAUAGAGAUCGCCCCUUCUUAGUCUUCAUUUGGGGUCGUGGGCGUAUGUGAGGGUCUUUCAAUGUGUCGAGCACAAGUCCUUGAAAUCUUCUAUUAAUUUAUUCUAUAAUUUAUUUCAUCCAAGGCGCACGUCCCAGGACAACUUUCGUAAACAGAGACUUCUUCAACUUCACGCGAUCGUCUGUUGGUUCAACUCAUUUAUCUUACAGUUCAUUCUGCUUUCUGUUAUAUCCCUGUCGAUUCUUCUCAAUAUUGUCAGAUUUCGUGUCUGAAGUAUUAGUCUCAUACUCACUUCAACCAGGAUGUUGGCUCUUAUUCUGCCCAGUCAGGUUCCCUUUCCUCGGGCAAGAUGACAGUGAGGUUUUUUUAAUAUAUGUGGUUGCAUUUUGUAGAUAACACGGACAUAGUAAAUAAUUUGAACAUUAUUCUUCCGCCUCAAAGAUGUCUAAGGUAUCAGGGCUUAGGUGAAUACUGAGAUUUUUUCUUCUGCUCCCAUUGCGGAGAACCAACAACCGUCCUUUAUCCCGCUUCAUUAUCUCCGACUCUCGAUCUAAUUCCUCAUCGGCUAAACAAUAACCCAAGAAAGCUAAUAAUUUUUGUUACUUUUCAAACUAUGACUUU